CCUUGUUUCACAAACGACACGCGCCAAAGAUGUAACUUGUUAAUAGUCAGGUUUAGGGAACUUAGGAGUACGGAAGCAGGUGAAUUUGGGAGCUGAGGAAGACAAUAAUGGACACAAGCAGUGACUGUUCAUCUGUUCUUAAAGAUGUUGUUGCCUACGUUGAUGUGUGGUCGUCAAACAAAACAGAAAACUAUUCGAAACCAUUCAUCCAGCAACUCCACGAAAUGGGAGCCCAGGUAUCAAAAACAUUCAAUAAACAAGUCACACAUGUUGUAUUUAACAACGGUCAUCAGGCCACAUGGACGAAAGCCAAGAAAACUGGUGUGAAGCUUGUCUCUGUCCUGUGGCUUGCCAGUUGUAAAGAUGACGGCGUACACGUGGAUGAAGAGUUGUAUCCGGCUGUAAAUGAUGAGCGCCAUCCUGAGCUUAAGAAAAGGACACAUCGUUGCAUGCAGCCAAGAGAUUCUCCAGACAAGACGCCUGAAAAUAAUAAGCGGAUGAGGAAGAAAUUAGACAAGUUGAUGAAAGACCUGCCACAAAAAACGUCUCUCAUCACUGAUGUGUCGCCAUACAUUAUUGAUGAAGAAAAUGGAAUAGUCUACAGCCCCAAACUGAAAAGGUCCGACACCAUGGCACAGCGUUUGAGAGAAAUGAAAGAGAAAAGGGAAAACCUGUCACCCACAGCCUCACAGAUGGUUGAAUCCUGUUCGUCACCUGGGCUGAAGCCCUCUCUUGGGAGCACACCAACUAUCUGCAAAUUAUUAUAUGAACAGUCAGAUGACGACGAUGACGUUGAUGUCGCUGCUUCACUGGCUGGUCAACUUGAUCACUCGUCUGAUAAAGAAGAAGAGGGAAAACAACAUAAUGAUAAUGACCAGUGUCACCGUGAAUCACAUCAAAGGGAAGACUCUGAGAAGCUGUGGCUGUCACCUCGCAGAGAUCUGUCUAAACAGAAACAUGUGACUCCUGCGGACUUUUCUGAUUUAGAUCACAAAGAAAAAGGGACUAAAAAACAAAGGUCAAGGAGGAGCUCAGUCAAAAAGCAGCAGCAAGCAAAACAUAACUCCAUAGAUUCCCCAGAAAAUGCUCAGCACAGCAAGAGCUUGGGCAAAAAUGUUUUCGACCAUAGUCAUCUUGAACCGUGUCACAGGAAAGACUCAGAAAAACCAUGGCUGUCGCCUUGCAAAGAUGUGUCGCAACAGAAAUCUGUAACUCCUUUGGCAUUAUGUGAUUCUGAUGUCAAACAAAAAGGGAUAAAAAAGAGCUCAAGGAGAAGCUCAGUCAAAAAGCAAACAGUAGGGGAGCAUAACUUCACGGAAAGUCCAGAGGAUUUUCAAAAGGACAAAGGCAAGAACUGCCACAUUAAAAAGGAACAAUCACAAAGAAAAGCUUAUAGCUGUGCUGUUGAAAGAAGUGAACAGUCCUCUAACAAACUUGAAAUGGGAAACCCAAAAACUAGAGUGGUGCAAUCUCUGACAGACAGUAAGACCCAGAGCUGUCCUGUGAUUUUGAUCUCUCCCUGGCUUUCAUCCCCAAGCACGUUAAGUAGUCCUGUAGUUGAUAAAGAACUGGCAAAAGGAAUUGCUUCUUCAUUGCCAAAAGCAGAUCACAAAGCACUCAAACGAGCUGGACCCUCAUUUUCUGCUUUGGUGAAAUCUUUCGCUACUCCCAACGAGUCAGUAAAUAUUGCCUCAAGUUCCUUUGACGAUGACGAUGAUGAUGUUUUUGAAGACUAUUUCUCACCGGCUAACCACCGCAAGACAAAACAAAGACCUCUUUUGCCCAGCCUGCCUUUAGAAACAGAGAUUCAGAUUCCUUUUGAAUUGGACUCCAUCACAGAGAAGAGAAAAGACAGAAAAUGUGAAAGCACAAGCCGUGAGACCAUUUGUAGAAACAAGAGGAAAAGGAGUUCCAGUCAUCAGUCUGGUAGUAUAAACAGUGAACCUCCAGAUCAUCAAUGCCAAGAUGUCCAAGAAUCUCCACAUGCCAAGGACAGUCUUGACAGUAACGUAGCUCACAGGACCAACAAAAGGAGUAGACGGAGGACACUGCCACUUUUGAGCCAUGGUGAAUUUACAGCUGAUGUGGCGAAGCGAGGAAAAACAUCUGUUCCCAUACAACCACCACAGUCGAGUCUGGAAGAGGCCAGUGCAGAGUUUGACUUUCUGAAAAAGUCAGAUGACAGUGUCCUUUCUCACACCAUAGAAAUUGUAGGUAGAGGAAGUGAACAAACAGCUGCAUCUGGUUUGACUGAGAAACCUGAAGGCGCACAGAAUCAGGCUGAGCAAGUGAGUUUGACUGCCAAGAAAAUGGACAACAAAAAGACUGUGAGAACACUGGUCAUGACAAGCAUGUCCACUGAGAAGCAGCACACCGUGGUUCAGGUGGUAAAAACGCUGGGUGGGUUUUCUAUUGAGGACCGGGUAUGUGAGAGCACAACUCACGUGGUGUCCGGGGGUCACCGGCGCACUCUCAACAUCCUAUUGGGCAUUGCUCGUGGCUGCUGGAUUCUGUCUUUCGAAUGGAUUCUGUGGUGUUUGGAGCAAAGACAGUGGAUUCCAGAGGAACCAUAUGAACUUUCUGACUAUUUCCCUGCAGCACCAAUUUGCCGGCUCCAGCAGCACCUGUCUGCCGGGGAACACCAGCAGGACUUGUUCCAAGAUCAGCCCGCCAUGUUUGUGUCCCAGCACUCCCAGCCACCCACGCAGAGUCUGGUGGAGCUCAUUCAGCUGUGUGGAGGAACAGUCUGCAAAACAGUCCGCCAGGCAGGCAUCUGCAUCGGUAAAUACAGCGGCAGAAGACCAGAGGGAAACAGGAUGCUGUCUGAGCAGUGGGUCCUUGACUGUAUCACACAUCUCAAGCAGCUGUCAUAUGAUAACUACGACCUGGAGUGAAAACCCUGCACAAUAUUACUUUGGACUGUGAAGAGUAAUUUUAUGAUGGACAGUUACUGGUGGGAUUAAAUAUCCUCAAUAUCUACCUUAAGUGUCUCUUUUUUGCAAGGUAAUCAACUUGCCACGUAAAAUUAUUAAGAGGCUUUGUAUGAAAUUUCGCAGAAGGCUGUGAAGAUAUAUAUUGAGUAACGCACAGGAUUAUCACACAUAACAUGUUCCUCCGUGAUUACAACGGGAGCCAUCGACUGGAUUGCCAACCCCUGGACAACGAUGUGAAUUAUAUGGGACUGUAGAAGACUUACACUGUUACACUGAUUUUGAAUGCAUAUGAUAUGUCAAUGUUUUUGUUCUCUGUUCCUGUAUUUGCAAUGACACCCAUACUGGCUACGGUUUUACAACGGGACACAAGGACUUUAACUGUGAUUUGCAGAUACCGACUGAGCCAUGUUAAAGUCUGUUCGACAUAAUGAAUUGUUAUUAUAGAGUUGUUUUGUUGUUGUUUUUAAUAAAUAUUUUUUACAAA